UAAAAUUAAAUACCAUGUAAAACAUUUUGAAAAAUCUAAUGGGUUAUAUGUAAACAUUGGCUACUAUUGUUGUUUAAAUAGGCCUUCUAUUGAGAGGUCUAGAUAGUCCCUUUUAUUUUAUGCCUUUUCUUCCCCUUGACUUUUAAGAUCUUUUAAGAAUAGACAUCCCACAAGUAAAUUGUUUGCAGAGAAAAAUUCUUCUCAGUUUGACGAGAUGACACUCCUAGAUGGAGUAACCAACCUUAAGCGGGUUACCUGUUAUAGCCAUACAAGUAAACGUUCUAAAAUUCCAUUUUAAACAGAAACUUACUAGAGCACUGCGGACCCAUCAAUAUUGCGGUCAAUGCCAUUAUUUUUAAUUAAUCAAACAGAUCUCUGAAGGGUGCGCAGAGGGGAGAGGGAAGCAGAGAGAUUGUUUUGUUUGUUUUUCUGAGCACCAUCAAUUUGCUAUUCUGGCCAGUUCAUUUUGGCCAAGCCCUUCGAAUGUGGAUAUAAUGGAGAGUUUAAGGACAGGGCCAGAUGGAAGUGACGGUUGGGAGCUUCCCAGAGAGUGAAAAAGCAAAGUUCUGGGGCCCUGGGGCCCGGAGCUGAAGAGGGGCUACCUGUUCUGCUCCACUCCUGGCUUCUCCGCCUGCUUGUAAGGGGAUGCACACCACCUAGCAGCCAGGCGCUUUCCCAUCUGUCUUCCAACCCACCCCAGCCUCAUCUCUCCUCCUCCACCCCCAGCACCUCCACAUCGCCCCUCCUCCAGCUCCUCUGCCUGCCUCCCAGUCUCCCCUCCCCCGCCCCCGCCCCCCAUCCCCUCCUCUUUUUCUCACUAUAAGCUGCCGAGGCUGCCAGGGCUGAGAGUCAUUUGAGCUCCCACCGCAGACAUGGCGACGUUGACAGUGGUCCAGCCGCUCACACUGGACAGAGAUGUUGCAAGAGCAAUUGAAUUAUUGGAGAAACUACAAGAAUCUGGAGAGGUACCAGUUCAAAAGCUACAGUCCCUCAAAAAGGUUCUGCAGAGUGAGUUUUGCACAGCUAUUCGCGAGGUAUAUCAAUAUAUGCAUGAAACCAUAACGGUGAAUGGGUGCCCGGAGUUCCGUGCCAGGGCCACUGCAAAGGCAACUGUGGCAGCUUUUGCAGCUAGUGAAGGUCAUUCCCAUCCUCGAGUAGUGGAACUACCCAAGACUGAUGAGGGCCUUGGCUUUAAUGUGAUGGGAGGAAAGGAGCAAAAUUCCCCCAUUUAUAUCUCUCGCAUCAUUCCCGGAGGGGUGGCUGAAAGACACGGAGGCCUCAAAAGGGGAGACCAGCUGCUGUCAGUGAAUGGAGUGAGUGUGGAAGGGGAACACCAUGAGAAGGCAGUUGAACUACUCAAAGCAGCUAAGGAGAGUGUCAAGCUGGUGGUCCGCUACACACCCAAAGUGUUAGAAGAGAUGGAGGCCCGCUUUGAGAAGCUCCGAACUGCCAGACGCCGACAGCAACAGCAGCUGCUAAUUCAACAACAGCAACAGCAGCAGCAGCAGCAGCAGACACAGCAAAACCACAUGUCCUAGGUCAUUGAGGAGAAAAUACUGGAUCCAGUGGUCUGGUCGUCAUGUCUAGUUGGAGCUGAACUUCAGGGUUACAGCAUCAGAUGAAAAGCAAAGAGAGCACCAAUAAUCAUACCUGUCAAGAAAGAAGCUAUGAACAAGCGGUGUAAAAUUCUUUACGAAGGCAACUCUAUACCUUCUUUCUCUGGGCCUGACCCCCUGCCAAUCAUGUGCUCUUUACACACACAGCCCUUCCAUUCAUCUCCCUGGGAGUGUUCUGUGUGUAAAAAUGAAGGCUUCUCCAUAUGCUGCGGGCUCCAUCUGCAGACUUUAAUACUCGAAAGAGGGGGAAAAAAGUCGGUGGCUUUUCAAUAGCUUCCCAGGGCCAGGGAUGGAGUGAGUCUUUGGUUUAAACCUUUUCCAGAGAUGAACACACCCAUUAUUAGUCUAUAGAUCAAACUGCAUCAGUUCAAGGAUUUUGCCACUUCAGAUAAGCCCUUCUCAUCCCUUCCCAUUGACAUUAUCAUCCUCAUGCCCUAUGCUAUAUACAUAUUGCAGAAUUGUUUGAAUUGGACUUCCAGUUUAUAACAAAUGCAAAACUUUUUUUCUGAAAAAAAAUAGCAAGUUAUUAUACUAUAUUUAUACUGUAUUCAGGUUGUAGAAGCAAUUGGCUUUUUACUCUUGGUGUUUCCAUGAAUUUUAUUAUGCAUUAAUUAAUAGAAUGGGGCAAUUUUAGGUCACCUUUUGCUUUCUUAGCAGCAAGGGUAGAGAACUCUAGUACUGUAUUUUUAAACUUAGGUAUUGCUUGUAACUACUAUUCUGAGAUCUAACUGAAUAUAAUGUAUAUUUAAUUCCAUAAGAUAUAUAUUGUCAGAUUGUAUUUGUUACAGAUUUAUGGUCUUUUCUUACUAUCUAUAUUCAAAAUCUGGUAAGAGAAAACUAGAACAAAGAGGCCCAGCUUCACUGAACAGUAAACACAUGCUAGAUAAAACCCAGAAUUCUGUAUUUUUAAGUUUUAUAUUUUAUGGUUAAAAAACUCUGGAGAAAUGUAAAGUGUUUCUAUCUACACUGUCAUUCUGUCUUAGAGAUUUAUUUGAUAUCAAAGUUUAGAGCUUUACAAACCAAAUUAUAAUAUAUGUAUAUAUAAGUAUGUAUAUGAAUAUAUAUACAAACACACAUACACAAAUAAUACGUUAUUCAAAGCCUUGAUGGUUAGCUUCCCAAAGAUUGUUAGGUGGAUAUCUCUGAGAUUAAAAGAUUCAAAGUAAUGAUCAUUUCUCUUGAAAAUUAAGAGCAAGAAACAAUGGAUUUCUAUGCUCUCGAGUCUAAAUGCAUAGAUAACAAUUCUUCUAGGGCAAAGAAAAGGAUUCUAACUUCUAACCACAUCUAUGUGUAAUUGGUAAAGACAGUGAAGAAUAUUUCAGUAAGGAAUAUUUACCCAGUUGACAAUUAGGUAUAAAAUAAAAGUUCAUGCUGACACACAAGAAGCAGCACUAGCUCGACUGAGAAAAAGAGGGGAACUAGCCGAUGAAUUUUCCUUGACCAGGGAGAAAUAGAAUAAUCACCUAAAUAAUGGAAUAACAGCGUUGAGAAAAUCUAAUAACCCAAGGGAGGUAUAUUUAGUAAGAUUUUUUCUAAUUAACUGAAGAAACACACUACUUGUUCUCAGAUAGUGGAACUGUUGUGCACGAUGAUAUUUUCCAAUUCUCCUUCCAAGAUUCAGCAAACAAUUUACGAUCAUAAUAGGUAGUUCCGCUUAGCCAUCUUCAACAGUGAUAAUUACCCCACAACAGAGAACACAAGCCCACUGAAAGACAGAGAGUCUGGAAAAACAGGCCACCAGCCACUUUGCCAGUUUCAUGCUGAGGUAACUAAAUGCCAAGUUCUUCAAGCCUAUUAUCUCUGAACUUGAAAGAACUAAAGUAUGAUCUCCCAGAGUGCUACACCAUGCAGCUAGCCAAGAUGACGAGAGAGAAAGAAUAUGGUGAGAGAAAACCCUUCUAUGCUAUUUGCUAAGCUUGCAAAAGGUAGUUUUUCCUUUUUUAAACAGGCUGUUUGUUAAUCCUCAGACAAACCUGUUAACCCAAUUCUUCUUUAUGGAAGUCCUUGGUCUUUUACAAGGGAGAAAGUCCUUUCUUCACCACGCUCGCAAAUUUUAACAUUUAAUGCAUUUAACUAAUUCAGAGGCUAGGACAUCUUUACUUGACCACAAAUCUUGUCUGAAUAUUAAAGUCACUAUGUGAUUUUACAUUAAUACAAAAGGAUUGUUAUUUUUGUUUGUCAUUUCAGAAAGAUUUUUCAAAACCAAAUGCCAAGUGGGAAAACUUUUCAUGCAUUUGAAACCUAAUACGGCAGUAUUAUAUGGUACAGCAGUGACCAGAUCAUAGAUGCAGGGCUGAAUAGGUUAUCUAUAUAACCUGGUGGUUAUCUAGUCUCUUUUAUUUUGCACAAGAGAAAACUGAGGCAAAGACUUAUAUAUGGUCACCGAUAAUCUUGAAAGAAGCCAGGUAUAUGAUACUUUGAUUCAAUAACUCUUAAGUAUUGAUAAUAAACAUAUGCCCAUUUUUCCCAUAAUGAGCUCCUGCUAAAUCUAUAUCAUGUCUCUUGAAAAGUCAUCUUAAGAAGACUAGAUUGUGUCUUCAUAUCUGUAUUGUUUGCUGAUCAUUAGCAAAUAGAAAUACUUUCAACAGUUGUCAGAAGUACAAUUUCUCCUUUCUCAGUUGGUUUCUCUAUCAAGGUAAUAGUUGAGAUGGCAUAGUCUGGUAUUGGGUGUUAGCUCUUUCAGACCUUAUUGAACCAAUAAGGAGAAAAAGGGAUUUUGCUAUUCCAAAUUGUAUUAAUGCUGUGAUAAGCAAUAAUAUUCCAUUUGGGAAAUCGAAGAUGAUGAUGAUAAAGACACAGUGGGUUCAUGUUUAAGCCAGCCAGCAUUACAUCAUGCAUCAUAAGUGAACAAGGAAUUAAAAAUUUGUUCAAGUAACAUUUUUAUGACCCUCUAUCAAUAACCCUAGUAACAUUGGGCUCCUCUGGGACAGAUUGAUCAUCCUUGGUACUAAGUGGCUAUGUCUCCUUAAUUACAAUGUUAUGAUGUAAGCUACAAGAAACAGAUGAUCUAAACUCUUCAAUGGAGUAUUUAUAUUUUGAUUUUGUUGCUAUUUGAAAGAGAUUCUCUGGAAAAGAGAUAAUGAGCUCAAAUUACAAUUGACUGUGGAAAGAAUAAGAGACUUUUUGAGCUCCCUCAAUUGUAUAAUCAAUAAGGAGCUCUCUCUAACUACAUGAAUCACCACUAUCUUUUAAGACAAUUCUAAGACCUAAAUGCAAAAUCUAGUAUUUACAGGCUUUUUUAUGGAUUUAAGUCUCUCUCUCUUAGAAUGCAGAGGGAUUACACCAAUUUUCAAAAGCAGUUUUCAACCAUGAUAACAUUAAAUUGAUUUUCUAUUUUUUAUGGUGCUGUGGGGGAAGCCCAGGAUUUAGGGUCAGAGGACCUGAAUUUAAAUGCUGCCUCUUAUUCUAACCACCCAUAUGACCUUGGGCAAGACACACAAUCACCCUGUGCCUCAAUUUCCUCUUUUGUACAAUGAGGAGGUUAGACCUUUGACAUCACUUGCAGCUUUAGCUCUAUGAUCCUAUGACCCAUAAUUAUUUACUCAACUGUAUCUAUCUGGUACCUGCACAUGUGAAUACUUAUGCUACUCUGAAGAUCCAUGGUUACUUAGGAAUGUAUAGAUAAUAGUUACCAUUAAAAAUGUAUCCAAAUAUUCAAUUACACCUGUAAAUGAAACCAGCUCAAGAAGGGAUUAUAAAUACGAGAAGCUUAACUACUGCAGGUCAAGAGGAGACCUCAGACCAUUUCUAGGCUGUCCCCAUUCCCUUCCUUUGGAUAAGCUAAAGGGGUUCCAGGGCUGACUUGGGACACAAAUAUACCUUAGGACAGUAGAUAUUUGGUUCAAAAAUUCCUAGGUAAACCCUGACAUUUCUAUUUAGGGGCAGCUUGAAUGGGAUUGCAAUCCAUGCCAGAACAGGGAUUAUCCACAUAGGGAAAAUCACAGAUUCUUGAACAUUUCUAAAAUAGUAAUAAUAAAUAUAAAGGAUGUGGCAAAAGUCUUAGCUUUAGCAGCUUAAAAAUGUAAGAAGAUUUUUGGCACACAGUAUAAUUCUUCAUCUCUAAACAAUGUACAGCUUGUACUGAUAGGUUAAAUGUUACUUAUGAAUUCCAUCACAACAAACUGAGAGAUGAUAAUUAGAUAGCAUUGAUAGUAACUUACAUUUCUCCAGCCCCUUAAGUCUUCCAAAGUACUUUCUUCAUAAUUUCCCUUGAGGUGAGAAUAUAUUAUUAUCCCCACUUGGCACACGAGAAAACAGGAUUCAGAAAUGUUAAGUUACUCAUUGUCAUGUAAAUACCAAGUGUUAGAAAGAAAAUUCCAAUUUAUUAUGUGGUUCAGUAGAAUAAGUCCUGAGUCUGGAAUCAGAGGAGGAAGUUCAAAUCAUGGUUCUAUCACUUAAUACCCAUGUAACCUUAGACAAAUCCUUUGAUCUCUUUGGACCUCAGUUUCCCAAUCUGUAAAGUAAAAGGGUGGGAUCACUAAGAUUCCUUUCUGCUUUAAACUUGUGAGUCUAUAUUCCAAAUUCAAUAUUCUAACUACCAUGCCAUUCUGCUUCUUUUCAUAAGCCCUUGUUAAAUAAAUGGGAAUGAGUUCAAAGAAUACUUAGAAGGGUUUGAUUUCAUUCAAAUCAUUUCAUUCAAACACCAGUGAUUUUUACAACAUUUUUUUAUUUCCCUCUAUUUUCCCCUAUCCUCAAGGAAUUCAAUAGUUUCCACAAAUCUAUUUCCUGAUUCUCUCCCAGCUCUCUGUCUUGGUUUCCUCCUGGUGUUCCCAAUCUUGGUUUACAUAAGGAAGAAAUUCACCAUGCUAUUUAGUUUGUGAUCCUCCAAGUAGCUACUAAGAUCCUGGUGGGUACACCUGCCACCUUAAAAGAAUUCCCUCACUUCUUACCCAGGGAAUCAUGGAAAGUCAUUGAGUACUCCUUCAAUGGUAUAUGUGAACUCAUUUUUGCAACUGGGUAUAAGAAUUUGAUUCAGUAGUUUGCUAUAUUCCCAGUAGGAGGGACCGCCCAGUAUCAUUAUCCUCAAUUUUCCUAGAUAGUUGAUACUUAGUAUGUGGGUAAAAUGAUUUGAAAAGCAUAAAGCAUUUAAAUUAAAUUAAUUUAAUUUAAUUUAAUUUAAGGUAUUCUUUUAUUAGUCAAUGUUUAAUACAAUUACAGCAUCAGGAGUUCUAUAAAGCAUUCAGUGGCAGAAAUAGGAUUGGAACUUUAAGUGCUUUGUAUGUUUUAUGAGAGGAAGUAUGUUGCAAAGGAAAGUACCGUACCUAAAUUCAACUUCUGGCUUGGUCUUUUACUCCCUGUGUGACUUUGGGCAACUCAAGUGGCCUCUCUGGUUCUCAACUUCCUCAUCUGUAAAAUGAGGGAGUUGCAUUGGAUCAGAAGUAUCAAAAAGGCUAGUAUCAUUCCCAAACACAGCCUGAUCAGAUUAAAGAGCAAUUGAAAAUGAUUUACAAACACAUACACACAACAUUUAAGUGUCCCCUUUCUAUUUGAGUUUAUCAGCACAGACUAAAUGACCUCUAAGGUCCUUUUCAAUUCUAGAUCUAUGAUCCUGUAUUAGGUUAUAUUAAUUCCCAGGAAAAAUACUUCAGAUGAAUGGUUAAACAUUUGGAAUCCAGAGAUUUUCUGAUAUAUAAGUGUUUUGAUGCCUUUUCAAUAUUAUUUCUUGAAAAAACCACUGUGUCUUCUUGGUGCUACAACAUAUGGAAGAAGAAAUUCAAUCCUUGCUACAAAGGACUUAUUCUAGAAACACAGUGUAGAGUAAUACCCAAUGAUACUUUAGGUUUAUGGGAUAUAAUAUGACAUUUGUAAUGUUGUCUUGCCAUUGCAUGCCCAUCAUGUAUCUCACAAAUUUUCAUCAUUUUUAUGAACUGCAAAAUAUGGUGCAGUGUUUCAACUUGACCAAAGUGGUAUUAUUCUGCUGGGAAGUAUAAAAUACUAGACAUACAA